GGAAGAGAAUGGGCGUUGAGCAUGUCGUCAAGGCGCCGGCUGUGGAGAGAGGGAGCCCAGCCAGCCGAGGUGGUGGUCGAGAGCGAGGAUGCGGGCGGCCAACGGGCUCUGGGCGGCGCUGGCUCUGAUCCUGCUCCCGGCGGAUAGCCACGGUCUGCGGGAGGGAGACUGCGAAGUGUGUGUGUCAUUCCUGGGAAGAUUCUACCAGAGCCUGCGUGACAAUAAUGCUGAGUUCACACCAAAUAGUAUUGAAAAAGAAAUUUUGAAAUCCUGCAAAGAAACAAAAGGCAAGGAGAACCGUCUGUGCUAUUACAUUGGAGCAACCAGUGAUGCAGCCACUAAAAUGAUUAAUGAGGUGUCAAAACCUCUAAGUAACCACAUUCCUGUUGAGAAGAUUUGUGAGAAGCUGAAAAAAAAGGACAGUCAGAUAUGCGAACUGAAGUAUGAUAAACAGAUUGAUCUCAGCACAGUGGACCUGAAGAAGCUGCGAGUCAAAGAACUGAAGAAGAUUCUAGAUGAUUGGGGUGAAACAUGCAAAGGCUGUGCAGAAAAAUCGGACUACAUUCGGAAAAUCAAUGAACUGAUGCCUAAAUAUGCCCCCAAAGCAGCUAGUUCACGGACAGACCUCUGACCACCAUUGUGGCCUCUAGCACAUUAGCAACUCACACACAAACUAUAUUACUCUUCCUAUUUUUUCUUUCUUGGAGAGCUGUUUUUGUAACUUAUUUAACAGGGUUUCAUGUGUCAGAGUGGAGCGGUUCUUGCAAUGCUGGUUCAACUGCCUUGUCAUGUCAAGUUUUUCUCUUGUCACUGAUUUAUGUUAAAAUGCUGACAUGUAUGGGUUUUUUGAAAUAAAACUUGUGAAAUCCAG